CCGGCCGCGCCGGCCUCGCCGGCCUCGGGCUCCCAGGCCGCGUCCCCGGCGCGGGCUCCAUGGACGACCAGAGCCCAGCCGCGGAGAGGGGACUGCGCUGCCAGAACCCGGCCUGCAUGGACAAGGGGCGCGCCGCCAAGGUGUGCCACCACGCCGACUGCCAGCAGCUGCACCGCCGAGGGCCCCUCAACCUCUGUGAGGCCUGCGACAGCAAGUUCCACAGCCCCACACACUACGGUGGGCAUGUCCGCUUUGACCUCCCCCCGCAAGGCUCUAUCCUGGCCCGGAACGUGUCCACCCGCUCCUGCCCCCCUCGCACCAGCCCUGUGGUCGACCUGGAGGAGGAGGAAGAAAGCUGCGCGGAGGGGAAAGGGGACCAGAAAAGCACGGGCCUGAAACUCUCCAAGAAGAAAGCACGGAGGAGACACACGGAUGACCCAAGCAAGGAGUGCUUCACCUUGAAAUUUGACCUGAACGUGGACGUUGAGACCGAGAUCGUGCCAGCUAUGAAGAAGAAGUCGCUGGGGGAGGUACUGCUGCCCGUCUUUGAGAGGAAGGGCAUCUCCCUGGGCAAAGUAGACAUCUACCUGGACCAGUCCAACACACCCCUGUCCCUUACGUUCGAGGCCUACAGGUUCGGAGGACACUACCUGCGGGUCAAAGCCAAGCCAGGGGACGAGGGCAAGGUGGAGCUAGGCGUGAAGGACCCCAAGUGUCUAAGUCUGCCAGUCUUGCGGCCAGCCGGGGCUGGACCCCCUGCGCUGGAGCGUGGGGACCCCCAGAGCCGCCGGGAGAGUCUCGACAUCUUGGCUCCUGGCCGCCGACGCAAGAACAUGUCGGAGUUCCUGGGGGAGGCCAGCAUCCCGGGGCAGGAGCCCCCCGCCCCCUCCAGCUCUCUACCAAGCGGCGGCAGCGGGGGCAGCGACAGCUGGAAGAACCGGGCAGCCAGUCGCUUCAGCGGCUUCUUCAGCUCCAGCCCCAGUACCAGUGCUUUUGGCCGGGAGGCAGACAAGAUGGAGCAGCUGGAGGGCAAGCUGCAUGCCUACAGCCUCUUUGGGCUUCCCCGGCUUCCUGGGAGGCUGCGCUUUGACCAUGACUCCUGGGAGGAGGAGGAAGAGGAGGAGGAGGAGGAGGAGGAGAGCACCUGCCUGAGGCUGGAGGACAGUUGGCGGGAGCUCAUAGAUGGACACGAGAAGCUGACCCGGAAGCAGUGCCACCAGCAGGAGGCAGUAUGGGAACUCGUGCAUACAGAGGCCUCCUACAUCAGGAAACUGCGUGUGAUCACCAACCUGUUCCUGUGCUGCCUCCUCAACCUGCAAGAAUCAGGGCUGCUGUGUGAGGUGGACCCCGAGCGCCUGUUCAGCAACAUCCCUGAGAUCGCGCGUCUGCACCGCGGGCUGUGGGGCGGCGUGAUGGCGCCGGUGCUGGAGAAGGCGCGACGCACGCGGGCACCGCUGCAGCCCGGGGACUUCCUCAAAGGCUUCAAGACGUUCGGCUCCCUGUUCAAGCCCUACGUCCGAUACUGCAUGGAGGAGGAGGGCUGCAUGGAGUACAUGCGCGGCCUGCUGCGCGACAAUGACCUCUUCCGCGCCUACGUCACGUGGGCCGAGAAGCACCAGCAGUGCCAGAGGCUGAAGCUGAGCGACAUGCUGGCCAAACCUCACCAGCGGCUCACCAAAUACCCGCUGCUGCUCAAGUCGGUGCUGAGGAAGACGGAGGAGCCGCGUGCCAAGGAGGCCCUGCUCACGAUGAUCAGCUCCGUGGAGCGCUUCAUCCACCACGUGAACACGUGCAUGCGGCAGCGGCAGGAGCGGCAGCGGCUGGCGGCCGUCCUGAGCCGCAUCGACGCCUACGAGGCGGUGGAGGGGACCAACGACGAGGUGGACAAGCUCCUGAAGGAAUUCCUGCACCUGGACCUGACGGUGCCCAUCCCCGGCGCCUCCCCGGAGGAGACGCGACAGCUGCUGCUGGAGGGGAGCCUGAGGAUGAAGGAGGGGAAGGACAGCAAGGUGGACGUGUACUGCUUCCUCUUCACGGAUCUGCUCCUGGUGACAAAGGCCGUGAAGAAGGCAGAGAGGACCAAAGUCAUCCGGCCACCGCUGUUGGUGGACAAGAUUGUGUGCCGGGAGCUUCGGGACCCCGGCUCCUUCCUCCUCAUCUACCUGAACGAGUUCCACAGUGCCGUGGGGGCCUACACAUUCCAGGCCAGUGGCCAGGCCUUGUGCCGUGGCUGGGUGGAUGCCAUUUACAAUGCCCAGAACCAGCUCCAGCAGCUGCGGGCACAGGAGCACUCCGGGAGCCAGCAGCACUUGCAGCACCUGGAAGAAGAGGAGGAUGAGCCGGAGGAGGACGACGAGGACGAGGAGGAGGGCGAGGAGAGCAGCACCUCGGGGGCCAGCUCCCCCACCAUCUUGCGCAAGAGCAGCAACAGCCUCAACUCCCAGCAGUGUGCCUCUGACGGGUCCACCGAGACCCUGGCCAUGGUGGUGGUGGAGCCCGGCGAGACACUGUCCUCCCCGGAGUUGGACGGCGCGCCCUUCAGCUCCCAGUCAGACGAGACGUCCCUGAGCACCACCGCGUCCUCCCUCACGCCCACCUGCGAGCUGCUGCCCCUGGGCCCCGUGGACGGCCGCUCCUGCUCCAUGGACUCCGCCUACGGCACCCUGUCCCCCACCUCCCUCCAAGACUUUGUGGCCCCGGCCCCUGUGGCGGAGCCGGUGUCCCGGCCCCCCGAGUCCGCCCAGACAUCUUCACCCCCACCGUCGCCUCGCCUCCGCCGCCGCGCCCCGGUCCAGCUGCUUCCUCACCUGCCCCACCUGCUCAAGUCCAAAUCGGAGGCCAGCCUCCUCCAGCUGCUGUCGGGGACGGCCCUGUGCGGAGCGCCCCCGGCGCCCAACCGCAGCCUGUCAGAACUCUGCCUGGCCACCGCAGCCCCUGGGGUGAGGACUCGGGGCGCUCCGCGAGAGCCUCGGCCCCGCUGGGACUGUCCCGGGACACCCCGCGCUGGCCCCGGCCCCGAGGGCAGAGCCAGCUGCCUCUCUGGAGAACCUGCGGGCUCUGCCUCGAGGAGAGGCCGAGAGCUGUCUUCUGGGGCUUCUCCCGGGGGCCGGCCCGAGACCCCUCCGGGGAUCUCUGCCCAGCACAGGAAGCUGACCCUGGCCCAGCUCUACCGAAUCAGGACCACCCUGCUGCUUAACUCCACGCUCACUGCCUCGGAGGUUUGAGCAGAGAAGCCCCCGACGGUGCUGCUGACCAGGGGACCGCAGACGGCAUGCCUUCUGGGACGCGUCUGCAUGAACUGGGGUGCGGGCACCGCGCCUGCCUCCCGCCCCAGGGCCCAUCUGCACUUUGCCAAGCUGGACGGCGAGGAGAAGGGCUCGGUGCCCCCCGUCUGCCCCCCCCAGGCGGGCUGUGCCCUCCCGGAGCUGCCACUGCUCAUCCUCUGGGCUGGGCGUCAGGCUGCCCCGCCCACCGCCACGCCUCGUGGCCUGCGAGGGAGGAGCCUUCCUCUCCAGCGGCCUCCGCCUGCCUCCCGGCCUCGGGCUGGCCUCUGUGUAAAGCUGUGUAUUUAUUGAGCUUUGGUUCUUUUAUAAAGACGUGUAUCUGUUCCCUC